AUGGGUCGACAAGCAUAUAUUACCCGUCUUGCUUUGGGAAGAUCUCCAUACGAAGCUCCAGUACUAUCCGAAUCUGGAGAGUAUAUUCUUGGACCCUAUGCUCAUGAAUUUGAGAAUACAGAUAACUACACGCAGCAAUAUGAUGAAAGAGGGCAUCCGGAGAAUCGAGAAUCCCGUGUGGCAGCAAGGGACCUCCGUAGAGCGAAAAAUGAUGUGCUCUCAACCGUUGGAGUGGUGUACAAGAAGGCUGAACCCAGAAACCCGAAGAAUGAUGGUGAGCUGCUGAGAACGGUACAAUCGGAAAACGAAGCAGGCUUCCUUCUGUCCAGCAUGGACAAUCUUUUCAUGUUCUGCGCACUGUGGUGGCUAUUUUCCUUGAGGAUGAGGGUUGAGGCUUUUAAAAGCUAUUCGAUCCCGCUACUUCAAAUCGCUAAAGCUGAGCUGCGAGUAUCUGGCAUGAAGCGAUUUCUGUUUGCUGGCCUACCCGCAUGCCUUGUAUCGGCGAUGCUCAGCAGUUGGCGUAGAUAUUGGAUGAGCGAACGUCUUUCACGGUGGCUCGCUGAGUCUCGUACUUCACAAAUUUUUAAUUUUGCAUACUUCUUGCUCUUUUCCUCAUUCGAGAUCCUCGGAACCCUGCAAUGUUUACAUCUAACUCCUACUGGUCAAAGCAUGAGUAUAACAUCUCUCCUUCCAUCCAGUCGGCAAUCACCCAUCCAGCUACCAACCUCAGUCUUCGGAGCUCUUACCUCGCCCAUCCUUCUGCUAUGGGCUUAUACCUCCGUGAAUCAACAUCUUCAGUCGAUGCUGUGGUACAUCAUCCGAAGUGUUACCGUCAAGCCAGAUAAAGCAGAUACGAUCUCCUAUCUGGCACUAGAAGGAAUAGAGGAUGCUGAGGUCAAAGUGCCCGGUCUUCGGGAGCGGCCAUGGACGCUAAGAGAUGAGGUGAGGUUGCUGUCCUCGAAGCUGAGGAGGUGGUUCGACGACAUUGUGAGACCUUUUUCCGAGCAACGGCGGACAUCCGAGGAUGAACCUCUCCAUCUUCAUACCGAGUCUGGCAAUGCUCGAUCGCCUGGACCCGGAGAAGGUGAUUCAGAGCGUGCAUCAACAGCAACCCCUGACCCGGCGGACUUGUUCAAUCCCAACGAUUUCAACGAGCAAUUGAUACCUCAAUCCCCGUCCGCCGAGUCGCAACCUCACCCACUCUCCCGAGCCAACACACUCUUCACACCGCUAAACCAGUCACCUGCAACCACCCCGCCCGUCUCGCCCCGAGUCCGAGCCUCUCUGAUCCACCGAGACUCCCAAACCGUCACCAUGCAGCUCGAGCUCCUAGAAUCCCAGCACGAAGCAUUCGAAGACUUCCACAAUGAAGCCACCGCCGCACUGCAACAGAUAGAUAACCACAACAAUAACAACACCCACGAAAUCGCGGAGCAGCACACCUCGACAGAAGGAGAAGUAGCAGGAGCUGCUGCUGCCGCAUCCCCACACAUCUCACCCACAGCCUUACAACCAGCACGCGCCAUCAACUCGCAAGACCAAUCCUCCCCACAGCAAGGGCACCAAACCCCAGCACCCCGCCACCGCGUAACUGCGCUCUCCAACUUCCCCUCCGACGCCUUCGCCUCCCACGCCGCCUGUCUCCUCGCAACCGCAGCCUUGAUCCCGCUCGAGAGUCUGUUUGUCCGCUCACUCGCCUCGACGUUUCUGCGUUCUUGUUCCUCACCCUUAGCGAGAGACAUGAGACCGCUUUUCGAGUGGCGCUGGCGCGGGUGGAGGUAUCAUGGUACAUUACUGGCGUUGGUGGGGUUGCAGGCGCUGGUCAGUUCGGCUGUUUGGGGGGUAGGCACUGCGGUCGCGGUUGGGUUGGGGAGGGGCAGGUAUCGGUGGGUUGCGGCAGGGGGAGGGCCGGUGAUGUAA